AGGACUACAGCAGGGCUCGAAGUGGGCGGGAAGGAGGCGGGAGCAUUUGGGAAGCAAAACAUGGCGAAAUAACAAGUUUGGCAGAAAGCUGUAGUUUCUUACUGCACCCCAUUCCACAGUCUUGGACGAGGAAAACUGUUUAGAUAUUCUCUUGGACACCGGCGAGCGACAUCGAGCCCUAAAACCCGAGAGGCUGCCGGGCCCAUAUAAGCUGAGUAGGCGAAAAGACAGCGGUUAGUGUCCGUUUCUCUCCCUGCCUCCUGUGUUUUUUAUUUUCCCCGGAAGGUUGGCGGUGCUAGGCGCGACUGACAACACGGAAAAUGGAUGAAGAAGGAAACUUUACGCGGAAGCAAGGAUACCUCGGUCCGUUAGCGUAGCCACGUUAGCUACCGAUUCGUCGCACCUGACUCGGUGUUCGGACUGUCACGUAAUGUAAACGAAAUUUACUGACACAUUUUUAAAGGCUCUGCUUAUAAGUUUGACACAACUACGUCGAGUCGCUGUGACCACAGAAUUUUUGACAAUCCUGCAUUUUUUUUCCGAGGGAGGAAAUGUUAUUUUUCAAGGCUGAAAAUAAUGACGGUCUGAUUGAGUGAGUGAGUGAGUGUCGGUCGGUUCUGGUGCGGACGGACCCGGGCGCCAUCAUCGAUACAGACGUUGCGUUCUCCUAAAAAAAACACUAGCACUGCGUUGUAGUUUCUCAGUGUGAUUAAGACUGUCUGUCAUUUUAACCACGUAUAUCUGGGUGAGUUAGAAUCUUUUUUUUUAUAACUACAUUUUCUAAGAACUACAUUUUCUGGGAUGUCUGCUGGAAAUGAACGCAGCAAGGUGUUCACCAACAACACUGGAGGUGCAUUGCAUUGAACGCCUGCCAGUUCUGCUCGGAGCGGUACCGAUGCUAGCGGUGACGCGGUUUGCUGUUGGAAUCUUUCACUGAGACAAGUUGCCUGUACUUCGAUCCCGACGUUCCUCUUUCGUAGGAUUUUUUUGCGUUAAAAACAACCGCAAGUAGCAUCGCGGCUCAUCCCUGGAGUUAACGUGAUCUUCGCCCCACUGGGUGCGUCUGUGGCCGCUCCAUCAUCAUCAUCAUCAUCACCCUCAUCAUCUGCGAUGAGGUUGAUAAUCUAGGAGCAACAUAAAGACAUUUUAAAGCGUGUUUUAGCGAACAUUUUUUCCCAGUACUUCUUGUUUAAUAUCUGGCUAAGUUGUUAGCCAGCGUUUUAAGUUUCGCCAGCCAUGUCUGAAAACGCCCCCACACGAAGCCUGGAUGACAUCGACCUCGCAGCUCUGAGGGUGAGUGUUGUUGUAGCUCCACUUUGUUCUUGUGUCAGUAAUUAUGUCAGUGUGAUUUAUUACAUGUCUUUAUUUCACAUGCAGCUAAGUUUCUGUUUGCAUGAGACAGAGCCAUUUUUUCAUGUUGUUUUUGGCUUUUAUUGUGAUUUAAUUUUGUCUAUGAAUGUAUUUGCUCAGGGCCUUUCCCACCUCCACGCUCACAAAGUCAUCCACAGAGACAUAAAGGGCCAGAAUGUUCUGCUGACGGAGAACGCCGAAGUCAAACUUGUGGAUUUCGGAGUGAGUGCCCAGUUGGACAGGACAGUGGGCCGCAGGAACACCUUCAUCGGUACACCCUACUGGAUGGCACCAGAGGUUAUUGCCUGUGACGAGAACCCCGACUCCACCUAUGAUUACAGGAGUGAUAUUUGGUCCUUGGGGAUCACAGCUAUUGAGAUGGCAGAGGGAGCCCCACCCUUGUGUGACAUGCACCCCAUGAGAGCCCUCUUCCUGAUUCCCAGGAACCCUCCUCCAAAACUGAAGUCUAAGAAAUGGUCCAAGAAAUUCAUUGACUUUAUAGAAGGCUGUCUUGUGAAGACGUACCCCAGCCGACCGUCCACAGAGCAGCUGCUGAAGCACUCAUUUAUCAGGGACCAGCCCACUGAGCGACAGGUUCGAAUUCAGCUCAAAGACCACAUCGACCGCACGCGCAAGAAACGGGGUGAGAAAGAGGAAACUGAGUAUGAGUACAGUGGCAGUGAUGAAGAGGAUGAGAAUCGCGGCGAUGACAGAGAGUCAAGUUCCAUCCUCAACGUACCCGGUGAGUCCACACUCAGGCGAGAUUUCCAGCGUUUACAGCAGGAGAAUAAAGAGCGCACCGAGGCUCACAGGAGGCAGCAGGCCCAGCUGGCCGCUCAGCGCCGCGACCCCGAGGAACACAAGAGGCAACUUCUGCACGAUCGACAGAAACGCAUCGAGGAGCAGAAGGAGCAACGCCGCAGACUCGAAGAGCAACAGAGAAAAGAGCGAGAGAUGGUGAGGCAGCAAGAAAAAGGUCCCCACCGGAGACUCGACGAUAUGAGACGGGAGGAGGACAGGAGGCUGGCAGAGAGGGAGCAGGAGUACAAGCGUAAGCAGCUGGAGGAGCAGCGUCAGUCGGAGAGACUUCAGCGGCAGCUGCAGCAGGAACAUGCCUACCUGGUCUCCCUGCAGCAGCAGCAGCAGGAGAAGAAGCCGCAGCUCUACCACUACAACAAAAACCUGGAGUCCAACAACAAGCCCACCUGGGCCCGUGAGGUGGAGGAGAGAAGUAAGCUGAACAGACAGGGCUCUCCAAAGAUCUGCACCACCGUCUCUGACACUGCCAUCCAGUCACGCUCAGACUCCAUCGCCCAGUCAGGAGUGGUCCAGUCUGCUCAGACCCCACCCAUGCAGAGGCCUGUGGAACCUCAAGGAGGACAGGGCAAGUUCCAGAUGGCUCACUUGGUUCCUCUCAAGCCUUAUGCUGCUCCCGUGCCUCGUUCCCAGUCCCUCUGUGAUCAGCCAACUAAGACUAUGUCCGCCUUCCCCACCCAGGACCCCUCCCUCACCCCCGCCCCUCGCCCCAUCCACUCCAGAGAGCUCGUGCGUCAAAACUCAGACCCCACCUCGGAAACUCCGGCACCACAGGGGCACCCCAUCAGAGAGGACCGCGGCCCCUGGAUUCGCCUUCCAGAUGUGGAACUACCACCCAAGAUUCCUCAGAGGACGGCGUCCAUCGCCACAGCUCUCAACACCAACCUCUCCUCUGGUAUAAGACACCCAGUCAGAGCCAGCAAUCCGGACUUGAGCCGCAACGAUCGCUGGGAACGAGGGGACAGUAUGAGCAUCAUGUCCAACCUGCCGCAGACGGGCUCCCUGGAGCGGCACCGUAUCCUCAGUUCCUCCAAAAUGGAUUCUCCCGUCCUCUCCCACGACAGUCGUCAUAAGCCGGGGGAGUCCCGCACCUCGUCUCGCCCCGGGCGUCCUGCUAGUUACAAGAGAGCUAUAGGGGAGGACCAUGGCCUCUACGCCAAGGAACGAGCCGAGGAGCAGCCCAGGCCUCCAGUCAAGGCCAACGAUUACUCCUCAUCUUCUGAGAGCAGUGAGAGCAGUGAGGAGAGUGAGAGCGGGGAAGGACCGGAGGAGGAAGGCUCUAGUACAGAUCGCCACAGAGACGCAGACACUGAUUCAGUCAACACAAUGGUGGUUCAUGAGGACGAAGGGGAGGCAGGAGAAGGAGAGCAGGCUGGAGGCUACGGGGAUCAGACCAUGUUGGUGCAGAGGACUCCAGAAAAGCGCAGCCAUAACGGUUACACCAACCUACCUGACGUGGUGCAGCCCUCCCACUCCCCAACUGAUCCCGCCCCUCACUCUUCUCCAGGGAAGGACUCUGUUUAUGACUAUCAGUCCAGAGGUUUGGUCAAAGCGUCCGGAAAAUCCUCGUUCACCACCUUCGUGGAUCUGGGCAUGUAUCACUCCCCCGGAGUGGCGGGGGACAACGUGUCCGUCAGUGGCUCCAGGUUCGAGCAGCUGAAGAUGGAGGUCAGAAAGGGCUCCAUGGUGAACGUCAACCCCACCAACACUCGUCCGCCCAACGACACGCCAGAGAUUCGUAAAUACAAGAAGAGAUUCAACUCUGAAAUACUGUGUGCAGCACUUUGGGGUGUGAACCUCCUGGUGGGCACGGAGAACGGUUUAAAGCUGCUGGACCGCAGUGGUCAGGGAAAGGUUUACCCCCUCAUCAACUCCCGCAGGUUCCAACAGAUGGACGUCCUGGAGGGACUCAACCUGCUCAUCACCAUAUCAGGCAAGAAGAACAAGGUGCGAGUCUACUACCUGGCCUGGCUGAGGAACAAGAUCCUGCACAACGACCCCGAGGUGGAGAAGAAGCAGGGCUGGACCACAGUGGGGGAGAUGGAGGGGUGUGUUCACUAUAAAGUGGUGAAAUACGAGCGGAUAAAGUUCCUGGUGAUCGCCUUGAAGAACGCGGUGGAGGUGUACGCCUGGGCGCCCAAGCCUUAUCACAAAUUCAUGGCCUUCAAGUCUUUUGCGGACCUGCCUCACAGGCCCGUGCUGGUGGACCUGACAGUGGAGGAGGGUCAGAGGUUAAAGGUCAUCUACGGCUCCUGCGCUGGUUUCCAUGCCAUCGACGUGGACUCUGGGAACAACUACGACAUUUAUAUCCCCGUGCACAUUCAGAGUCAGGUGACACCGCACGCCAUCGUGUUCCUGCCCAGCUCAGACGGGAUGGAGAUGCUGCUGUGUUACGAAGAUGAGGGCGUUUACGUCAACACCUACGGUCGCAUCAUCAAGGAUGUGGUCCUGCAGUGGGGGGAGAUGCCCACCUCAGUCGCUCACAUCUGCUCCAAUCAGAUCAUGGGCUGGGGGGAGAAGGCCAUCGAGAUCAGGUCCGUGGAGACGGGUCACCUGGACGGAGUCUUCAUGCACAAACGAGCUCAGAGGCUCAAGUUCCUCUGUGAGAGAAAUGACAAGGUGUUCUUCGCGUCGGUGCGGUCUGGAGGCAGCAGCCAGGUCUACUUCAUGACCCUGAACAGAAACUGCAUCAUGAACUGGUGAAGGAGAUGAUGUCAUCGCUGAUGUCAUCGGUUUGUCGGGAAGGAGAAAAAAAGAAAAGAAAAAUGAAAUCAGACCAGCAGGGUUGGUGGAAACAAGUGAAUCCAGAAAACUCCAAAACACACACACACACACUAACACACACACACACCUCACUCCGACUGUCACACACACACUCAGAGACAAACACACACUCAAACUGACACAAACUGACACACCAAUAAUAUUUACUCUGAGGUUGAGCCCCUCCCCCCACUCCCCCCGACCACUUUCAUCAUGAUAAAACCCACAUGUUGAGACCACCUCUCAGUCCGUACUGUAAAAAUAUUCCCGUCUGGGUUUUUUUUUUUUUUUUUCGGGGUGGGGCCGGUGUCCGUGGUCUUUUUUUUUUUUCAUUUCCUAACAUUGAAGUAGGUCAAAAGACGACAUUCCUUGAUGUUUCUGCCGUACAUUUGGAGGAAAGCGUUUUAUUUCCCAGCACUUUCUCACUUUCUCGUGUGUUGGGAUGAAGCUGUAAAUAGUUCUAGCACCUUUAAGAUCUGAAUCAGUUCUUCGGACUUCGUAGAAAACGGACGGCGUUAGAACACACGUUAAAAAAAAAAGAAUGAAAAAAAAACAU